AUGAGCAACAAACUGUGGCAGUAUUUUCUUCAGAAUGACGCUGAGAGCUUCAAGACGCUUCUGGCAAAUGCCAGUUACGCGCAGGGACAUAAAGGAGUGAAUCCCGCCUCUAAAUUUGGCAGCCCUGGCGCGAGCUUAGCAUCGUCGCCGGGCGCCGCAUCUAGAGUAAAGCGAUCUGCUGGGCCAUUUGCCACGUCCUCGCUACAAGAGAAGGUGCCGUUCACGCAAAAGCCGAUCACGUUGACGCGUGCCGACGUGAACGCUCGGGACCAGCAUGGCCGCACCCUCUUGCAUCUUGCUGCGUCUUCUCAGGAUGAUUCCGCUCUCGAGUUUGUCCACGCGCUUCUUGCGAUCCCGUUUCUAGAUAUAUAUGCGCAAGAUGCUGAAAGCGGUUGGACGGCGUUGCAUCGAGCGCUGUACGCAGGCAAUACUGCAAUUGCACAAGCCCUGUUUGCGCGGGAGUUCAAGGGCAUGACGGAUUUCCGGGCACCUGGUGGAACUCACCAUCCACUUGGAGCCCUUAUCAAGAUCAAGGACAGGGAAGGAAACAGCCCGUUUGACUUGUUUGGCUCUACAAUUGUGGUGCGAGAUAUAAACCAAGCCUUGCAAGACCCUCAGCCUUUGGAAGGCGACUCAGCCUCAGAUUACUCAGUGAACUUGGAUGGCCCUGAGGAAUAUAACCCUGAAGGGAGGCUCAAACCGUUCGUCAAUUUCUCCGGAGACGAGGUUUUCACAUUUGGGAGUAAUAAGAACCUCUCCCUUGGCCUUGGAGACGGCGAUGAUCGCCAGUUCCCGGAGCGCAUCAAUUUGACCCGUCCUGACCACCUUCUUUACAGGUUUUACCGCGAGCGGGAAAACUUGAAGCAGGAACAAGGACUGAAGACGGAUGAAACCAAUGAACCUGGCACCACAGCCGACUUGCCUAUAAAAAUACGUAGUCAGCCUCUUACCUUCCAGGAUGUCAAGAUGUCCAAACUGCAUACCGCUAUCCUUACAGAUGACCCAGAAUCGAAUCUAUACAUGUGUGGAUUCGGUCCGGGUGGGAGAUUGGGCACUGGUGACGAAGCUACGAGGUUCAACUUUGUCUGCAUUGAAAAUGGUGGAGCAGCAGGCAAGAAAAUCGUCAACGUCGCGUUGGGCCAAGAUCAUUCUAUUGCAAUUUCAGAUCAGGGGGAGGUGUUUACCUGGGGAAGUAAUAAGUAUGGUCAACUUGGCUACUCUCUCCCGAGAACGAACCAAAAGGACGAAUUGCCGAUUCAGACCACUCCCAGGCAGGUUUUUAAUCCGUUUAAGAAGGAAACUAUUAUCGCCGCUGCGGCGUCUGCGAUUCAUUCCGUUGUGUAUACAUCGACUUCAAUAUAUACUUUCGGGAAGAAUGAAGGCCAACUCGGGUUAAUUGAUGCCGAUGCACGAUCUCUUGAAAUGCAGGUGAUACCAAGAAAGGUUGGCGCAUCGCUUUUCAACCAGCCUAUUUCCAUGGUAUCAGCUAUCGACCGCGCUACAACAGUACUGCUAGAGAAUCAUGAUGUGUGGGUGUUUACUCAUUAUGGAUACUCUAAGCUAUCAUUUCCCCUUGACGGUUCCUCUGCAUUCAUCCGGGAUAGUUUUUCGGCCACUAGGUAUGGACUUGCUGCCAAUUUCGUUACCAAAAUUACUGGCGGUGGGAAUACAAUCUGUGCGAUGACGAGUUUCGGUGAAGUAUAUACUGUGAAUGUCACCCGAAGAGCAGACACCCAGUCGGUCUCCUCUUCAACGACAAAUCCAUCCAAGAUCAAAAAUUCGCUUCCUCAACCUUCCUGCGUCUGGUCAGUUCGAAAAUCCCUAAUGGCUGUCCGGGAUGUGGACGUUGGUCAAGACGGCUCGAUCAUCAUCUGUACUGCAUCAGGUUCUGCGUGGCGCAAAGAACCACGGAGUCGCUUAAAAGAGACGGGCGGUAAUUCAUUUGGGGAUCGCCAAACGAAGGACUACAAGUUCGUUCGUAUACCUGGCCUGUCUCGGGUGGUGGCCGUUAGGAGUAACGCUUAUGGAGCAUACGCUGCCUCUCAGCGUGGUUAUGAUGUGACGAAGACCCAGAUCGCGGUGGAUGAUCGUACGCUAUGGAGUGAUAUCUGGCCACUUUCGCCAUUCAGGGACCUCCUCACGAAAUUCAUCCCCGAAGCCACGGCUAAGGGCAAUGAUAUGUCGACUGGACAUGAAAUGGAGACUGGACAGGUUGCUUCACCAGCUGACAUUGAGACUCAGUUAAGACAAGAGCUUCAGUAUCAAAAGGUACCUGAGACUUUUCCUGCACUCGUCUGGGUAUCAUGUACCACCUCAGACAUCCGUAUCCCGGUACAUGAGUUUAUGCUCGCCGCCAGGAGUUCUAUCCUUAGGCAGGCACUUGCGGAAUUUCGCCUGUCAUAUUACUACUCGAUUCCAGAUCUGCUUAUAAUCGAAUAUAACAAUGAUGGUCAGGCUCAUCUUCAAUUCCAGAGUCUGGACUUCCUAUCAAUGUUUAAUUUUGUUUUGUUCGUCUACACCGACUGUGCAUAUAGUAUCUGGAAUCGAAUCCGAUCCGACACAGGCAAUGCUCCACGUUACCGCCAAAUACGCACCGAGGUGAUUAAACUGGCAACGCAACUUGAUUUGAAAACCCUUGAAAGAGCGGCAAGAUUGAUGAUACAGCCGAAGCCAUGCUUGAACCUCGAUAUGGAGAAAGCAUUUUUGGACCCUACUUUUUUCGAUAGUGGUGAUGUUAUCAUUGAACUUGACGGGGGCGAAGUUAGAGCUCACGCACCUAUUCUCUGCCAACGAUGCCCUUUCUUUAACGCGUUAUUCAACGGCCAAGCUGGUGGUCGCUGGCUCUCGUCUCGAAUGGGAGCGUCUUCUGAUUCUGUUGAAAUCAUUCGCAUCGACUUGAAACAUAUUGCGCCGGCAAUAUUCAAAUUCGUGUUGCGCCAUGUGUACGCGGACACGGAUGAUGAGCUUUUCGAAGACGUUCGAACGAGUGAUUUGGACGAUUUUAUCGAUCUUGUCAUCGACGUCAUGUUCGUCGCGAAUGAACUGAUGCUUGACAGGUUGGCGCAGAUUUGCCAAAAGCUACUAGGAAGUUUCGUUGACAUACGAAAUGUGGUUCCCUUCUUGAACGCCGUUGCGCCUUGCUCUGUUAGCUCUUUCAAACGAGCUGCGCUCGAAUACAUCUGUCUGAACUUGGAAGUCAUGCUUGAAAAUAGGCUUCUGGAUAACCUAGACCCUGAGCUGUUUGAUGAACUUGACGAAGUCUGCCGCGAAAAUCAGAUGACCUGUAACCCCGACUCAAGAAGCCGAAAUAGCGAAGAAUAUUUCGUGGGAAUGCACCCGGAGAUAAUAUCCCGCCUUGAACAGGAUAAACAGCGCCGAAUCGAUUCCAUGAGACUACGCUCCCAUUUGCAUGAAGACGAGGAUCGAGACCAGAAACUUAAAGUGGGAAGCGUGGAACGGCAGGGAUUCCUCUCCCCUACUGCAAGGCGCAAGCCCUCUAUGCAGACUUUGAACUCGAAAUCAUCAAUGGAAAGCCCUCUUCUUAGAUCGAAGGUAUCGGCGGGGGAUUUGAUUUUCCAAAUGGAUGAUGAGACCGUCCUUUCGCCUGAUUUCGAACAAGUGACUCCUCACACCCCAAAAUCCAAAUUUGAUACCAAUAACCAAAAGCUAGUUAGCGAGGUGUGGCCAGGCAAUGGGCCGCCCCUUGGAUCGACAUCUCCUAGUGUUCGGCCCCAGUAUGAGCGGCCCACGGGGGCACCAUGGGGCUCUUUGACUCCCUCUACUCCAAAAGCUGGUCUUAAAGACAUUAUGGCUGAAACUUCGAGUUCAAAUUCGGUCGUUCCUACCUUUAUCUCCCGCCGUGAAGCCGAUACACUCCGUCCUACCCCGUCAAAGCUCUCCCAAAAGGAACGAAAGAAGAUGAAGCAGCAGCAAACGCAAGAGGUACUGUCUGGCGCAGAGGCAACCAAGGCCAAACUGGCUUCACCAUGGAAACUCCCCUCAGCAGGUCCAAAGGGUCCUUUCAAUGCAGACGAGAAGCAAGACUUUGCACCUCUCCCACCGCAGCGCACGAAUAGCAAAGCAUCCUUGACCCUCCGCCAGACAAUCGCCGGAACCCCUCCCCCGCCGUCUAAUGGCGAAAUAGAACCAUCUUCCUCCUCUCUCUCCAAACCUCAGCCGCAACGAUCAGACUUUCAAAACACCAAUUCCUCAGCGACCAGAUUCUCCAAUUCGUCACCGCUACCGCUCGCAGCAAUCCUCCAGCAGCAACAAUUUGAAAAAGACGUCAUCCGCGAAGCUGCAACAGCCAAACACAAUCUUCACGAUAUCCAAGUCGAACAAGAGUUCCAAGCAUGGUGGGACGCGGAGAGCAAGCGCGUUAUGGAGGAAGAAGCUGCAGCGGCGGCAGCGGCGGCUACAUCCGUUUCCACUGGCCGGGCUCGAAGCAGUGGGAGAGGGAGAGGAAACGGAAGAGGAAGCAAUGCUAAUGGUACUGGCAAUAACAAAACUCGUGGAAAGGGGCGCGAUUCAGGCGCUGGUGGCGGAGGCAGUCAAGAACAGACCGCCGCCGUGCAUGCGGGAUCUACACCAUCAAACGAGCCUGGUGGCAAGCAUACAUCCAGCCAUCAUCAACCACGUGGUGGGCGAACCAACGACCGUGGUAGGGGUGACGGCCCUGCUCGUGGUAGAGGUGGCAAGGUUGCCAGCCUGUCAGCUAAAGGCAUGCCAUACUAA